CGUCCAUCCUUCAUCAUCCUCCUCUUCAUCAGCAGACAUGUUGUUUAGGCAGGAUCCGUGACGCCGCGCUGACUGCUGAUGGAUGGAAGGAGCGGCUAGAAUGACGCUCGGCACCUGCUCUCUGACCCAGCAGUACAGCAAUGGUGUAUGCCCAGACAUCAAACACAGUCGGUGUCAAUCCCUCCAUCUACUUGCCAUCAUUCAUGUAUCAGAUGUCAUUUAACUACUCCAAGAGAGAAAACUCAACUGUCCUGGCAGCCUUACCCACAACUCCCCUCUUCAACCUCGAGGGCACGUCCACCGGCCAGUUGAAUACUACCUCUGUCCCUGAUGAGCUGACUUCAGGUGAGGUUACCGUCCUAGGCUUGGUAUUUGGGGUUCUAUGGCUGGUCUCCAUCUUGGGAAAUGCCCUCGUAUGCCUGGUCAUCCACCGAAGCCGACGGACUCAGUCCACAACCAACUACUUUGUGGUGUCUAUGGCCUGCGCGGACCUGCUCAUGAGCCUCGGUUGUGCCCCAUUCGUCCUCUUGCAGGUUGCCUCUGGACGUUGGCCAAUGAGCACAGCAGCUUGCAAGGCUGUGCGCUAUCUACAGCACCUUUGUCCAGGUGUGCAGGUCUACGUCCUGCUUUCGAUCUCAAUAGACCGCUUCUACACAAUCGUCUAUCCCCUCAGCUUCAAAGUGUCCAGAGAAAAGGCAAAGAAGAUGAUUCUGGCUUCGUGGUUAUUUGAUGCAGCCUUCGUCUCCCCCUGCCUCUUCUUCUAUGGAUCUACAUCUACAGACAGUCAUUGUGACUUUUUCCUUCCUGAGAGCUGGGGCAGCAUAGUCUACGCAGCAGUUCACCUUCUCAUUGGUUUUCUGGUCCCUGCUGGAUUGAUCAUAUCAUUCUACCAGAGGGUGGUCAGGUACAUCUGGAGGAUCAGUGCUGAUGGCCACACUGUGCGGCGGACAAUGAACAUUGUCCCGCGGACUAAAGUCAAGACCAUCAAAAUGUUCCUUAUGCUUAAUUCUGUUUUCUUCCUCACCUGGACACCCUUCUAUCUUGCCCAACUGUGGCAUCCGAGGGAGUCUGAUGGGCCCAGCAGGCAGGGACUGCUUUUCUUCACAGCCAUCUCCUGGAUCUCCUUCAGCUCCACAGCAUCCAAACCCACCCUGUAUUCUGUCUACAAUGCAAACUUCAGACGUGGCAUGCGGGAGACAUUCUGCAUGUCAUCCAUGAAAUGCUACCGCAGUAAUGCCUACACCAUCACCGCGAGCUCCCGCAUGGCCAAAAAGAAUUAUGUUGGGGUGGUGGACAUCCCAGUGCAAGCAAAGAUGGUGACUAAAGACUCGGUCUACGAUACAUUUGACCGAGAAGCUAAAGAAAAGAAGGUAGCUUGGCCCACUAAUGCGAACCCUCCAAAUACCUUUGUGUGAAUGAGCUUGGACAGCUUACUGAACUCACGAACAUAAACUUGUCUAACAUAGCAGUGCCAGUGGUGGCAGGUGAAUUAGCUGGAGGCUAACAUGCUAGCACUGUAUUUAAGUAAAACGUUUACUGAAUGUGUUCAGAUUGUAUAAAGGGCUUUUUGUGAUGUGAGAAACCCUAUAGCAGCCAUAUUGGUGAUUUUUAUACUUCAGAUUUCAAUCAGAAUUUGUUUUCGUGCUGUGUUUUGAUGGAUCAUUCUCCAUGGAUAAAUUCCAUUUUGUGUUUUGAUGUCAACUUGUUAGCUAGCUAACUUUCUGUGUGGUCAUCGAUCAUAAAAGUCUUGUAACUGCAUCUGGUUUGCUACAGUAAUGUACGUGGUAGAUGCUAAUGUUAGUAAAGGCUAAAAUGUUAACAAUGACAUUAUCUGCUUUGUCACAAUGACUGAGUAACGGUGAGCUGUGAGCUGGUUAUAUACCAAAGCCCGGGAUCCAAGCUUGUUCAAAUAAACUGGGCUGAAUCAUUGGAAUACAAUCAGGAUCAAUUAUGACUUUAACAACCAUGUCAGCAAGACCCAUUCGGGUUCAAACUUAGCUGAGUGGUCAUAGCUAAACAUGACAACAUGCAGACACUGUUUGAUUCGGUUCACUUUCAGAAUGGUGCUUAGUUCUUAAAAAGCAUCAAGGCAGAACUCGUUUGGUGUGGAUCGGUAGCUUAAAUCUUAAAGUGCGAUUGCAGAGGGACUUAAGUCCUGUAAUUUCUGAUUGAGAUGGGUUCCUCAACAUCAUCCUCAGCACUGCUGUGUGGAAAUGCUCGACAAGGAUAGAACCUGAAUAUUUGUCCUCCUUCCAGUGUGCUGAAAUAUCCAGACUUGAGAUCAAAUGGAUGUUUGUAGCUGUGAUCAGUUCUCAUGAAGUUUGAUCAGUGUGAUUAAAGAUGAUUUGUUAUAUGAAGGAAAUUUAUGAGUUUUUGUGGGAAUAUCCAGGAAAAUGUUCCAGAAGACAAAAGACAGAGAAACAGAAGCAAGCUUUUAGAGAGUGAAAUUUAAUGAAGUCAGUAAAGUCAUUGCUGCACAAUCACCUCUUUCUGUUUUUAAGGCAUUAGUAAAUCUGAGACUUGUGCACGCUAAAGUGUGGAUAUCUGAAGUCUGCAUAUACAUUACAGAUCAGGGGUGAGCUGCAACAUUGCUGCAAAGUUACGAGCAUUAGUUGGUCCUAACAUUAGGUCAGUGCACCACAUAAUCCACUGCGUCAUCGUGUAUUUGACUAAAGCUCAAAAACACUGAGAAACUCUAGGAUUUGGUUGGAUCUCUUUCAGCAGCAGUGACCUGCAGUGAUCUACAGGUGUCGCUCACCUGUGUUACAGCAGCAGCUUGAUAGAGGUGCUCUUGUUUGCUUAUGGUCAGAUAAUCAAGUCCAUUGAUUAACUGAUAUGGAUGCAUUAACAAUGCACUGAGGUUUUCACACAGUGCCUCUGCAGACUGCUCAGUGUGUAAUAAAUGAUGACACAAUGGGAAACAUCACAUGCUUCUCUUAGUCUCAGGUUAUGUUUACCUGAUUCUGUGACUUGCUGAGCCUCACCUGAGUUUUUAUUGUGUGGACCUUGUUUUUCAUAGAAGGUAAAUGUGUGUACCAACUUGCACUUUAAAUGUUCCACAGUCCCUGCAGAAUGAACACGGUGGCUCCAUCUGUGCAGUUGCUGCACUAACAUCAGUGCAAUCAGAUCCCAUAGUCUUGAGACUGUGUUUCAUCCAAAGUCCCUCUCUUCCUUCCUGCAGACAGUCACAGCACUUCCUGCGAGUCUGCAUUAA